AUGGACCGACUCCGCGUCACUGGCAUUCGUGUUGCGCCUCUUCUUCGCCGUGCUUUACAGCAAAAUGAAACUUCUCCUGCGAUGUUGAGCGUUUGUCAACAAAGGCUGAUUUCGUCGUCGAAUGUGCAUCAGCAAUCCGCGGGAGUUCCAAAGAAGCUCUGGGAACUCGGUAAGCUGAACCAUGUCGCGAUUGCUGUUCCGGAUCUGACACAAGCCACUGCAAUGUAUCGUGACGUUCUUGGAGCCAAAGUGAGUGACGCUCAUGAACAACCCGAGCACGGAGUUUACACGGUUUUUGUGGAACUGGGAAACAGCAAAAUCGAGUUGUUGCAUCCCUUGGGAGCAAAUUCGCCAAUUCAGGGUUUUCUUGACAAGAACAAGAGUGGAGGUUUACACCACAUCUGUCUCGAAGUCAGCGACAUCAAUGCGGCGAUUAAAAGCGUUCAAGCAGCGAAAGUGCGUUGUCUGGGAAAGGAACCGAAGAUUGGAGCACACGGGAAACCCGUCAUGUUUCUGCAUCCGAAAGAUUGUGGAGGAGUUCUCAUUGAACUCGAAGAAGAAAUGCUUCGGAAAAUACCGCGAUGCGAGAAGUGUUUUCGAGAAAACUCGGGUCUCGUGAAAUUGCGCCGCUUCUCUUCGAAGAAGCUAGAUGUCCCGUGGAAUGUGAUGUUUUUCGGCUCCGAUGCGUUUUCUGUGAAAAAUGCCGAGGCUUUGAAUGAUGUCAGGGGAACUAGUGUUGAGCGAUUGGAGAUAGUUUCAAAGAAUCCAGGCGCUUCGCGAAUAGGCAAAUUUGCGAAAUGUUCUGGGUUGCCUGUCCACCGAUGGCCUGUGAAACUGGAACCGAAUCACGACUUCGAUGUUGGCGUGGUCGCCUCCUUUGGACAUCUUCUUCCACGCGAGCUCAUCGAAAGCUUUCCUUGGGGAAUUCUCAAUGUGCACGCAAGCUUACUUCCUCGUUGGAGAGGAGCUGCGCCUGUUCCUCGCGCAAUUUUAAACGGAGACACCUUUACAGGCGCGACCAUUAUGCGGAUUCAUCCACACAGAUUUGACGUCGGGGAAAUCUUGGCGCAGCGGCAGUGUAUCAUCGACAGUGACGAAACUACUGAGACUCUUCUGAUGAAAAUUGCCGACGUAGGAUCGUUGUUAUUACUGGAAGUUUUGAAGGAUCUCCCCAAGUCAUUCGCCGACAUGAAAGCUCAGCCAACUACUGGUGUACGCUUGGCUCCGAAGUUGAAGCCGGAAGAAGCUCGCGUGAACUGGAAUUCAUCUAGUCGGUGCAUUGACCUUCAGUGUAGAGCCAUUUCGUCAACUUAUCCUAUAGUGACACAAUGGACGGGCUUGAUCGGCGAUAUCAGACUCUUGGAAUUGAAAUUUAUCGCGGAAGCGGAAAUUUCGGCGGUUUCUCCCGUGCUGCAGAAGCUUACACCCGGAAGCUUUCGUUAUUUGAAGUCCGCAAAAGCAAUAGGAGCUCGAGCGAUGCGAUAG